GUGUGUGAGGAGAUUGGGCUAUUGUGAGCCUCUCUGUGUGUUGUCUACAGAGAGGGGGAGUGCGAAGAAAGAGAAAAGAAAGCAGCAGUAGCCUUCAGCUCGAGUUAUUUGCUGAAGCUUGAAUUCAGAGGUGCACUUUAAACUUAUGAAAACAUUUCUAUCCACAGCUGCCUCCCAGCUCUCCAGAGUUCCUCUUAUCUCUUCGACCCCCCUGUCUUUUUUGCCACGCAUCCUCUCUGCUGACUGUCGUCCUGACCUGCUUCCCAGGGAACUCACGAACUCAACGGGGCAAGAAGAGGCUGCAGAACAUUCAUCAAGUGGUGGAACAGUAAGAGGUAGCCAUCAUGGCCGUGUCCCAGGAGAGGAGAGCGUGUCUGGGGCUGGUGGUGCUUCUUUUGCUUGCUGGCAUGGACGAAGUUGUGGAGGGAUGUAGCUGCCACCCAGCACACCCACAGCAGCUCUUCUGCAGCGCUGAGAUUGUGAUAAGAGCAAAGAUCUCCGGAGAGAAGAUUGUGUCGCCUAGCAACAGCUCUUCACCUUACAUGAAGAUGAUCCAGUACGAAAUCAAAAUGAUCAAGAUGUUCAAAGGUUUUGACAGAGCCAAGGACAUUCAGUAUGUGUACACGCCUGUCUUCUCUUCACUCUGUGGAGUCAAGCUGGACUCCAACAAUAAAGCAGGGUAUCUGCUCUCAGGAAGCAUGUGGAGCGACGGACGGAUUUCUAUUGGCCAGUGUGACCUCGUGGAGUUGUGGGACAACUUGUCGUUGUCACAGAAGAAGAACCUUAACUACAGAUACCAGAUGGGUUGCGAAUGCAGAAUCAACACAUGCUACACCGUACCAUGUGCGUCUACAGGAGAGAAUGAGUGCCUGUGGACAGACUGGCUGCUGGAUAACAGUCUGAACGGGGAGCAGGCUCGGCAGUACGCCUGCAUCCGACGAUCGGACACAAGCUGUAGCUGGUACCGGGGUGGACCUCCACCCGAGAAGGACUUCUUGGACAUGACCGACCCAUGAUCUGUAACCGUGACUUCAGAAAUCCCCAACCCUGCUUUUGGCAUAUUUAGCAUGCGUUUGGCUUGCAAAGUAGCAACUAAAAUAAGUGAAAGGUUAGCAAAUUUGUCAAACCUACUGGGGUUAAAGCUGGCAUUAAGCUAAUGUUUGCAGAGUUCAGGCAGUUGAUCCAGCAACAGGAAAAUAAAUAUUUAAAGUGCAGGGCCUUUAAGCAUUUCUCUGACUCAUUUCACACAUUCCACUUCACAUAUUGUUACAGAGUGAGAACGGCGGCAGAACAUCUACAGCAAAUCACUUAUUUCUGAGUGAAGGUGUUUGUCUCAUUGUAAAUGCACUCCUUUUACAAACCCUUAUUUUUAUUUGUAUAAUGUACAAUAGGUUAAGUAGCAAUUUAUAUUCUGAAUUUACAGAAAUCUGAAAAAAAAUUUCAAAACACUAAAAUCAUAGAAUCCUGUCCUGAAACAAUCUUCCAGUGUCUAAUCUUGUAUAUGUUGACUGCAUCAUCCUGAUGUUAAAUUUUUAUGGUGAGAUCCUGACACAAAUGAAAAUACCCUGAAUAAACUGUGCUUUGCAAAGGUUUAAGGCACUUAAACUGAAAAAGGGAUGCAUACAUUGCAUUUAGGGAAUGUUUUUAAUUUAUGUAAAGAAAGAAAAACAAAAAAUACAGUCUUAAGUGUCUUUUUCUUAAUGAUCUUGGGGGUAACGCCAUUUUUGAUGAACUCUUUCUUUGCCUUAUCUUUGUUUUUAUUUGUAGUUUUUCUGUAUCUUGAUCGUGGAGCUGAAAAUGCUGAAUGAUAAAUAGAUUUAAAUAUAAAUCUACAGUGCCUAAAACCUUUGCAUUCUACAGUUUAUGCAAAGAAAAAACAACCCAAAUUAACCAAUUACUUGUUUUUUUGAUGUUGUGGCACAUUAAUUAUAUGACGCAGUUGUUUAAAAUAAAAAUCCUCACAGUUUCAUCUCAAAAUUUUGAGAAUGUAAAUAUAGUAUUAGUAUUUAAUUAACAUUUUCAUGGCUAACCACAUGUUUUCUUAUAGUGUAGAGCUUCUUAUCCUGCUUAGUUUUUGUGGUGGAGCUCUGUCCUGUUUUUUCUUGUGCCUAAACCUUUCCUCAUUAAAGGAAAUGUUAUAACAGAACAAGGUUCAGUUUUUAACUCCUUGAAGUGAGAGGACUGUUCACCUCUUUAAUUUAGACAUCUGCUGAAUUGUUAAAGUGUUGUUUAUUAAAGACUUGCUUAAUGAAGAACAGAGUUCUAACUGGACCCCUGGUCUUAUACAGGAUUGCUUCACAUAAAUUGUACAGAUUGUAGUGCAUUAUUACCUGCUGUUGUGGUACAUACGGUGCUGUGAAAAAGUAAUUUCACCCUUACUGAUUACAUCUGUUCUUGGUCUUAUGUCACAUCAGUUUUAGAUCACCAAAUACAUUUUAAUAUCAGACUAAGACAAACUAAAUAAAUAUAAAAUGCAGUUUUUAAAUAAUUACUUUACUUAUAAGGGACUAAUGUUAACCUAACCAACCUCACCCUCUGUAAAAAGAUAAUUUCCCUCUGAAUCGAAUACCUAAUUUUGUCACCUUUGGAGGACUUCUAAGAAUGAGUCGCCUGUUUAAGGUCCUGCCACAGCAGUUCAGUUAAAUUUAAAACCUUCAUGGGCUUGCUGGUGUGCUUUGGAUCAGUGUCCGGCAACAUGACCCAAGUACUUGUGAGCUUAAGAUCAGGAACUGAUGGCCAGACAUUGUUCUUCAGGAUUUUCUGGUAGAGAGCAAAAUGCUAUUUUUAUCAACUAUAGUAGGUUUUCCAGGUCCUGAAGUUGCAAAACAACUCCAGACCAUCACACUACUGCCACCAUGUUUGCAUGUGGAUUUCACUCUUUUUCUAAAAUAAAAUGUGUUAAUUGUAUGCCUAAUGUAAUAGAACCCUUUCUUUAAUCAGAAGUGGUUUUUAGAUAACGUUGUGUGCCUCUUCAUUAUUGUUCAACCAUGAACACUAAUCUAAUCACUAAUUAAUUAGUUAAUAACUGAUUAAUUUACAGUUUAUAACAGUUAAACAUGUUUUAACAAUGAAGUGUUUUUUCACAUAGGACCAGGUUGGUUUGGAUAGCUCUUUCCCUUAAGAAAUGAAAUAAUUUGAAAGCUGUUUUUUGUAUUUACUUCAUGUAUUAUUGUCUGCUAAUAUUUGUUCACGGAUCUGGAACAUUGAAGUUUGACUUAAAACUUUUUUACAGCACUGUUCAAUUUAGUAGGUCAGCCUCAAAGUCAAGUCAACACUGAAAUAUUUACAAUGGAUUGAACAUUUUCAUUUCAUAUUUGAGACAAUAAUCUAAAUAUCAAACCAUUUAAACACUCAUACCGUUAUUUUAGUAUCACAAAGCCCAUGUUAAUCAUGCAUAAUAAUACUUUAUGAUUUAAUGCAGUAUUAAAACAAAUUCUGUUCUGUUUUUUACCGAAAGAAUUGUUUGGGUUUGUAUUUAAGUCUCUGUUUCUGUCUACAUAAAGUUUUCUAUCUUCAUGUACCAAAAAAAUGUAUAUAAAAUGUCUCAGUGGAACAAUG